CGCUUUUAAAGAGUUUGUCCAGCAGCGCGGUGUCCUCUCCAUCUGGACCCGGCUCGUGCGCGCUCUGCUCAGACUCAGGACCGGGGGACCGGGGCUGAGACCUGAGCUCAGCCUGAACUCUGCCGGUCGGUGCGGUGGACCCGGGAGCUCCCCGGUGUGGACGUGACGCAGGACGACCGAACCGAGCCUGGAGACGUCACGCGAUCUGAAGAGCCGCCAGGAAAGUGAGAGAGGAACACGCGCGCUCUUCACUCACAUGGACUCCACGGACCCUGCACUGUGACCUGCGGGACCGGAGGAAGCACCGGGAGUCGAACUCGCAACCGCAGCAACCAACCUGCUGUUUUCUAAAGAAUCAGCUGUGACAGCGGAACCAGGAGUCCAGGUCCAGUUCGGCUUAAAUAAGAUGUUGAAUAAAUGUGUGUUCGGAGUCCCGCCGAGGGCGUUCAGAGGAAUGUGUUCCGCUGAGGUGAAGAACAGCUGCAGGCUGCAAACAUCUGGAAACACCUGCUCCCGCGGCGGGAGCUAAAGGUUCCUGGAAGAAUGUGAAGCUGGAGCUAAAAAGUAUCUGAAGUUCUGCUCCUCAGGUAUGCUCGCCACAGAAGUCUAUAAGACAUAAAGCCAUACAGGUCAGUGUUUUGAAGUGGGACUGCCCCCUAUGGUUGACCCUGCCUCUGAGCAGCAGGAGUUUCCAUGCUUCAGCUCUUCUGGUCCUAAUCCUACAGCCAGACCUCACACUUUAUUGCGCACUGGUUUUCCCUUCAAGAUGGGUGGGGGUUCAAAGCCGACAGUCUUCAGACAUUGUUUCUUCUCUCUGCUGAUGCUGAAGACCUGCUGGCUGCUAGGCUCCAUCUCCCAGAAGCCCACUGUCUUUGCAGACUCCCAGCAGCCUGUGCAGGAGUACGCCCACUCUAUUCGCCUGGACGGUGAUAUCAUCUUGGGCGGUUUGUUCCCUGUGCAUGCCCGGGGUGAAAGAGGUAUCCCCUGUGGUGAGCUGAAGAAGGAGAAGGGCAUCCAUCGUCUGGAAGCCAUGCUGUUUGCUAUCGACCUCAUCAACAAGGAUCCAGACCUGCUACCCAACGUGACACUAGGGGCACGCAUCCUGGAUACGUGUUCACGUGACACCUAUGCUCUAGAGCAGUCGCUCACUUUUGUUCAGGCGCUUAUUGAGAGAGAUGGCUCAGACGUCCGCUGCGCCAAUGGGGAGCCGCCCAUCUUUGCCAAACCAGAUAAAGUCAUUGGAGUCAUUGGAGCAUCGUCCAGCUCUGUGUCCAUCAUGGUUGCCAACAUCCUGCGCUUGUUCAAGAUUCCUCAGAUCAGCUACGCCUCGACCGCCCCCGAGCUCAGCGACAACACGCGCUACGACUUCUUCUCCCGCGUGGUUCCUCCAGACUCCUACCAGGCUCAGGCCAUGCUGGACAUCGUCACAGCAAUGGGCUGGAACUACGUGUCCACGCUCGCCUCCGAGGGAAACUACGGCGAGAGCGGGGUCGAGGCCUUCGUCCAGAUCUCCAGAGAGUCUGGUGGGGUGUGCAUUGCUCAGUCUCUGAAGAUCCCUCGUGAACCAAAACCUGGAGAGUUCACCAAAAUUGUCCUCCGUCUGCUGGAGACACCGAACGCCCGAGCUGUCAUCAUGUUUGCUAAUGAGGAUGACAUCCGACGAGUUCUGGAUGCAGCCAAACACACCAACCUGACAGGACACUUCCUGUGGGUGGGCUCUGACAGCUGGGGCUCAAAGAUCUCUCCGGUGGUCCAGCAGGAGCGGGUGGCCGAGGGAGCCAUCACCAUCCUGCCUAAGAGGACGUCUGUGGACGCGUUUGACCGGUAUUUCAAGAGCCGGUCUCUGUCCAACAACCGGAGGAACGUCUGGUUUGCCGAGUUCUGGGAGGAAAACUUCGGCUGCAAACUGGGGAUGCACGGCAAGAGAACCGGGAGUCUCAAAAAAUGUACAGGGUUGGAAAAGGUUGGCCGUGACUCCAUCUAUGAGCAGGAAGGAAAGGUGCAGUUUGUGAUGGAUGCUGUUUACGCUAUGGCGCAUGCUCUGCACCACAUGCACCGUGAGCUCUGUUCCGGAUACCCCGGCCUGUGUCCACGCAUGGCCAACAUUGAUGGCAAGGAGUUGCUGGCUUACAUCCGUGCCGUCAACUUCAAUGGAAGCGCCGCGACUCCGGUGACCUUUAACGAGAAUGGAGACGCUCCUGGACGCUACGACAUCUUCCAGUAUCAGAUUAACAACAGCUCCCAGGCAGAGUACAGGGUCAUCGGACACUGGGCCGAUCAACUCUAUCUUAACAUGGAGGUCCUGCAGUGGCUGACUGACGACUCGUCUCUGCCCUCCUCCGUGUGCAGCACACCCUGCCGUACUGGCGAGAGGAAGAAGGUUGUGAAAGGCGUCCCCUGCUGCUGGCACUGCGAGCGCUGUGAAGGAUACCACUUCCAGGCCAGCGAGUUCACGUGUGAGCUCUGUCCGUACGAGAAGAGACCCAACCAGAACCGCACCAGCUGCCAGCCGAUCCCCAUCAUCAAGCUGGAGUGGCACUCGCCUUGGGCUGUGCUGCCUGUCUUCAUCUCCAUCAUGGGCAUUAUUAGCACAACCUUCGUCAUCGUCACCUUCGUCCGCUACAACGACACACCCAUCGUGCGAGCCUCGGGUCGGGAGAUGAGCUACGUCCUGCUGACGGGCAUCUUCCUGUGUUACAUCAUCACGUUCCCCAUGAUCGCGGCGCCUGACAUCGUGGUCUGCUCCUUCCGCCGCAUUUUUCUGGGCCUCGGCAUGUGCUUCAGCUAUGCUGCGCUGCUGACCAAGACCAACCGCAUCCACCGCAUCUUUGAGCAGGGAAAGAAAGCGGUGACGGCCCCUCGCUUCAUCUCCCCAGCCUCCCAGUUGGUCAUCACCUUCUCGCUCAUCUCCGUUCAGCUGCUGGGCGUCUUCGUGUGGUUCGCCGCCGACCCGCCUCACACCUUUGUGGACUACGGGGAGCAGCGCACCAUGGAUCCUAAGAAAGCUCGGGGCGUCCUCAAGUGUGACAUCUCAGAUCUGUCGCUCAUCUGUUCCUUGGGUUACAGUAUCCUCCUGAUGGUCACGUGCACUGUUUAUGCCAUCAAGACGCGCAGUGUCCCUGAGACCUUCAACGAAGCCAAACCCAUUGGAUUUACUAUGUACACUACCUGCAUCAUCUGGUUGGCCUUCAUCCCCAUCUUCUUCGGCACAGCACAGUCUGCAGAGCGGAUGUACAUUCAGACGGCCACUCUGACCGUCUCCCUCAGCCUCAGCGCCUCCGUCUCUCUGGGCAUGCUCUACGUGCCGAAGGUCUACAUCAUCAUCUUCCACCCGGAGCAGAACGUUCCCAAACGCAAGCGCAGCUUCAAAGCCAUCGUGACCGCCGCCACCAUGACCACCAAGCUGUCGCAUCUGGCAGCCGAGCGCCCCAACGGCGAAGUGAAGACAGAACUCCGCGAGGGCGUUGAAGCUAGCGUUCCAUCAACAAAAACUAUGUAUGUCAGCUACACGAACCACGCCAUGUGAUGAGACCCUUCAGCAGGAUGAAGAUCUACCUUGCCCUAAUCUAUCAGUCCCAGAAGAGACGAGGAGAAAGGACAUCUUCUCUGAACUGAGGGAUCAGGUAAUAAAACCUCUGACAGACUGAACCAUCACGUGGGGUUUACCGGUUUACAGACAGCAGGAAGAGACCCUGAACGGCUCAAAAACUGUUGAAAACCAUCCAUGGACCCAUAAACAGGACAACGGAUGGCAGCUUGAAAACUAAACAAAAGAAUUACAUUAAAAAAUAAAAUAAAAAAUAGUCUGUUGUUACUCUAAUUGUACAUUUAAAAAACAAAAAGAACAAAAAAUCUUGGUUGUGGUUGUGGACAUUUCUGAUUCUCGUCUCAUAUCGUCCGUCUCAUGAUGUACAGAGCUUUUAAAAAAAUAUUCAUCCCCUGUGAUGUUUUAUGCUCUUAUUGCUGUCAUAUGUAAAUCACGGUCAGUGUAUAGUAAUUAAUGAAACAUCCGGGGGGUGAAUACUUUCUUAUAAAAUCUGUACAAUAUGAGAGGAGUUUGUGACUUGUAGCUUUUGGUUGUGAAACAUUUAAACCCCAUGACUGAACUGAAGCAUGUCCCUUUUCUACAAAUGAUCUAUUUAUAAUAAAGGAAUGUUUCACA